AUGCAAUCUGACCCCAAGGACAACAUCUCCUAUCUCCUAACCACUGACCCCGGUCUCCCCGCCUCAAAUCCCACUCCCUCGUACUGGCAAGAACCCCCUCACCCUUUAUCUCACACCAAAUCCCCCACGCUCCCCAGGCAAACAGACAUUGCAAUCAUUGGCUCUGGCAUCACCGGCCUCGCAGUCUGCAAAACCCUUCUGGAAGCUCACCCAGCCACCAACAUCACGAUAUUCGAAGCCCGAGCCCUCUGCUCUGGCGCGACGGGUCGAAAUGGGGGACAGCUGGCGGCUAAUGCGGGGGAGGAGUAUGCGCAUUUGGCGGGGAUUCAUGGGAGUGAGAUGGCCGGACGGAUUGUGCAUUUUACGCUGAAGAAUCUGCAGAAGAUGGAGGAGUUGUGUAGCGCGUUUGCGACUGAGGAGGGGGAGCUGCAGAAAGUGACGAAACUGCGUGUGUUUUUGACGGAUGGCGCGUUUGAGCAGUUUGAGAGGAGUGUGAAGUUGAUGGAGAGGGAUCAUCCGUCUCUGCGGGGUUUGUAUACCGUGCUUGAUGCCGGGGGAUUGAAGGAGGAAUAUAACGUCGAUGGCGCAGGAGGCGCGCUCCUCCCGGCGGGAACGGUAUGGCCCUACCGUGUUGUCACCAGCACGUUCGCACGUCUCUUCGGAAAACAUCCUUCUAGACUCUCCAUUGAAACGAAUACCCCGGUGACGGAAGUCAACUACGACCAAACCAGCAAGACACACCCAUAUACCAUUCGCACGCCGCGAGGGUCCGUCCGCGCGACAAAGAUAGCAUACUGCACCAACGGCUACGCGAGCCAUCUCCUGCCCAACCUGCGCGGACGGAUAUACCCAUUCAAAGGGACGAUGACGGUGCAGGAUCCAGGUAAUUUCCCCAACCGGGGUAAAGAUCUCUCGUGGGGAUUCCAUUAUCCAGCAUUGUACGAUGCGAAGACAGGCAGCUAUCAGGCUGGGCUGUAUUAUCUCAUGCAGAAUACUAGGUCGGGGUAUUUCUUCUUUGGUGGGGAGGAUAAGAGACUAGAGGAUUGUCUGUCGGCGGAUGAUACUCGAGUUGAAGCAGGGUCUGUCGAGAAUCUGCAACGGAAACUCCCCUCGUGCCUUGGGGGGACUGAGGCUGAGGCUUGGAGGCUGGUGAGCGCCUGGAGUGGAGUUAUGGGAUUCUCUGCAGACGGGCUGCCUGUGGUAGGACAGUUGCCGGCUCUGCUGACGGGGAGAGACGGCGAUGGCGAGUAUCUGGCUGCGGCCUUCAACGGAUACGGCAUGGCUAACUGCUUGCUAUCUGGAGAGGCUCUGGCGAGGAUAAUGCUGGGGGAGGACGUGAGUGACUGGUUGCCGGAGGCUUAUGCCAUUCAUCCUCGGAGGCUGGAGAAGUUGACGUUACAUGGAGCAGUAAAGAGCUAUUUGAAUGAGGUAUAUUGA